UUUGAAUCGACGUGGUGACUGGCUCGGCUCUCGGUGGGACGGACGGUUUGCCGGCGUUUUCGAACGGAAUCCACUCGCGUGCGGCUAUUAUCGCGCUAUUCAACAUGGCCUGGGUGCCCCUGGAGUCGAACCCGGAGGUUAUGACGAAGUUCCUCCACAAACUGGGCGUACCAAAGAAAUGGUCGGUCUUGGACGUGUACGGUCUGGAGUCGGUUCUGCUGGCGAUCGUCCCUAGGCCCGUCCUCGCUGUCAUUCUGCUUUAUCCCCUUCCGAAGGGCGGGAAGACCGAAUGGGACAAGGCAGAAGAUAAGGACAGCAAGAACGACGCCCCCGACUCUUUGUACUACAUGAAGCAGUGUAUUUCAAACGCGUGCGGGACAAUCGCGUUGCUUCACAGCGUGGCGAACAAUUUGGACGCCAUACAGUUGGAGGAUGGUAUUCUCAAGAAGUUUUUGGAUGACACCAAAGAGCUCUCGCACGCCGAACGUGGCAAGUUUUUGGAAAACUCGCAAGACAUCAUUGAUACUCACAUGGUAUCUGCCCAGGAAGGACAGACCGAGGCGCCAGCCGAGGAUAUGGAGGUGUACCACCACUUCGUCGCGUUUGUACAUAAGGACGGUUCCUUGUACGAGCUAGACGGUCGAAAAUCUGCUCCUAUCAAUCACGGCUCGACCACACCAGAUGCACUCCUGGACGAUGCCGCUCGCGUGUGCAAGGAGUACAUGGAACGCGAUCCCAACGAAGUGCGCUUCACGGUGGUCGCGCUCGCUGCCAACGAGUAAAACGACGUCCUCGUCCUCAAGUGCAUUCGCCUUUAAGCUAAUUUAAACGAAUAAUUUAUUUUAUACGUUAUGUAGUGUUACAUAGAAUCCGCUUCGGCAACGCAUUUGUUUUUUUCCGUUUCCUCAAUUGCCAGCUUUUCUAACACUGUGUAGCACGUUGAUGAAAAAAAAAUUUAUAUACGCAGUUGUAUAUUGCA